AUGUUCUCUAUCAUUUGUCCAGUCAUGGCAGCCAUCCGAAAGAAGCUGGUCAUAGUUGGAGAUGGAGCAUGUGGGAAGACCUGUCUGCUCAUCGUCUUCAGUAAAGACCAGUUCCCUGAAGUCUACGUGCCCACUGUCUUCGAGAACUAUGUCGCUGACAUUGAGGUCGACAGCAAACAGGUGAAAAAGUCCCCUCCCUUUGUUUUUUCAUCCUGUAGUUCUCUCGCUGUAAAGGUAGACUCAAAAAUGACAUUGUACUCAGCAGGACAAUCAAUUAGAAUCAACAGAAUUCAAAUCUACCAAUAUUGCCAUUUCCUCCUCCCAAUUUGCAUCCUCCCUCAAGGCUUGCAUACAUUGCCAAUAGUGGCAGACAGUGUUGGCAGAUAUACAUUUUAGUAGUCAUCGAUUUCUCAAUGCAGGACGUCGUAUUGCUGACUCUAUCAAUAAUGAAAUGUUAGGUUGGCCAUUCGGCAUCAUGCCUUUUCAAGUAGUAGGUCACGUACACGGUAUCAGCUGUAACUGGGAAGUUGGCUGAUGUCUGAAAUCCUUUGGCAGGUUGAGUUGGCACUAUGGGAUACAGCAGGCCAGGAGGACUAUGAUAGGCUCCGCCCCCUAUCUUACCCAGAUACAGAUGUCAUCCUCAUGUGCUUCUCCAUCGAUAGCCCUGACAGUUUGGGUGAGUAUUUAAUGCUGCUAUGUGCAGACACCCACACAUACAUCUGUGCAGACAUAUACACAUGCAUACAUAUUCUGUUUUGUGACACAGGCCCUUGUUUUGGUGACACAGCUUUGACAGAAUUGGUAGCACACUUACACGCACACACACACACACAGAGGCAUUGUACCUGGACAGCCUUGAUUUGUAUUCUCUCCUGUGUAGAAAACAUCCCAGAGAAAUGGACUCCAGAGGUCAAACACUUCUGCCCUAACGUUCCCAUCAUCCUUGUGGGCAACAAAAAGGACCUGCGUAACGACGAGCACACCCGUAGAGAGCUAGCUAAGAUGAAGCAGGUACAGUCAGUCACACACACUACAGUUGUCAUCAGGCCUGAAAAUUCAAAUCCGGUCCGACCUAGCCCGAACCCGAAAAAAAGCCUGACUUCUAGAAAACGGUUGCGCCUUUACCCUGACCAUGUUGCCAUUGUGUUUAACAGCAAAUUUCAACAGUAGGCUAUAAUGACUGUUGAGAACCAUUCUAAGAAAAGUGAGAAGAGGAAAACUCACCUUAGUUGUGUAGGGCAGGGAUCAUCAACAAGAGCGUCUGCUAAAUGACUAAAAUGUAAUGUAAAUGUAGAUUCAGCUGCAAGCCUAUCUUUUCUUGAGUGGAUGGUCAGGGGGCCGGAACAUCAUUUCAAAUAAUUUGUAUACUAAAUUGAUCGCAAGAAGCCCAAACAGAUAUUUGACUAAAACAUAAUAAUUUCAAACCUUGCUUGCAUUUGUAUACAAUCACAUAUACACUAUAUAUUCCAAAGUAUGUGGACACCCCUUUAAAUUAGUGGAUUCGUCUAUUUCAUGUCUAGGAGCAACAACUACUCAGCUGCGAAGUGGUAUUAUUAUAAUAAUAAUAAUAAUAAUAUGCCAUUUAGCAGACGCUUUUAUCCAAAGCGACUUAGUCAUUCGUGCAUACAUUUUUGUGUAUGGGUGGUCCCGGGGAUCGAACCCACUACCUUGGCGUUACAAGCGCCGUGCUCUACCAGCUGAGCUACAGAGGACUACAGAGGUAUGCCACAUAAGCUCACAGAACGGGACCGCCGAGGGCUGAAGCUCGUAAAAGUCCUCGGUUGCAACACUCACUACAGAGUUCCAAACUGCCUCUGGAAGCAACGCCAGCACAAUAACUGUUUGUCGGGAGCUUCAUGAAAUGGGUUUUCUUAGGCACACAAGCCUAAGAUCACCAAGCGCAAUGCCAAGCGUCAGCUGGAGUGGUGUAAAGCUCGCCGCCAUUGGACUCUGGUGCAGUGGAAACAGAUUCUCUGGAGUGACGAAUCGCGCUUCACCAUCUGGCAGUCCGACAGACAAAUCUGGGUUUGGCGGAUGCCAGGAGAACGCUACCUGCCCGAAUGCAUAGUGCCAACUGUAAAGUUUGGUAGAGGAGGAAUAUUGGUCUGAGGCUGUUUUUCAUGGUUCAGGCUAGGCCCCUUAGUUCCAGUGAAGGGAAAUCGUAACGCUACAGCAUACAAUGACAUUUUAGACAAUUCUGUGCUUCCAACUUUGUGGCAACAGUUUGGGGAAGGCCCUUUCCUGUUUCGCAUGACAAUGCACAAAGCACAAAGCGAGGUCCGUACAGAAAUGGUUUGUCGAUCGGUGUGGAAGAACUUGACUGGCCUGCACAGAGCCCUGACGUCAUCUCCAUCGAACACCUUUGGGAUGAAUUGGAAAGCCGACUGUUUGAAGCUGGUUUACAAAACCGACCGCAAAAGAUGCAAAAACUAAACUUCAGAACGGGAAGCAUAGAAAUAGCACACAUAGAACAGAUCUACUGCUUCUUAGACUUGCUUUCAACAGGAAUGAAAGACUCAUUGCACAAACACUAGUUUAUCAAGUUUAUUGGUCGUUUGCACAGUUUAGGAGGUUUUAUAGUGGGUGCAGCGAAAUUAUUAAUUUACUAGCUCCUAACAAUGCAGUAAAAUGUCAAACAAGUACGCAAAUAAUUUAAAAUGUAAAACAUUUUUUAAAUCAAGAACGGAGGGGCGAAUCCAAUUAAGCUUAAAAUAGCAUUCAAACAAAUGUAAGGACCUGAAAAGUAAUUGCUUUCCAACCUUUUUUAGGACAUUCUGAUGAAUUGUUAGGACAUUGGUUUCCUGAUAAUGUAGGAAAACAAGUACACACACACACACACCUAAUUCUCAUAGGGUCAAUGUGGCUUUCCUAACUCCACAUUGCCUGCCCCCCCCCCCCCCCCCCCCCCCCCCCACAGGAGCCUGUGAAACCAGAGGAGGGGCGUGACAUGGCGAACCGGAUCAGUGCCUUCGGCUACAUGGAGUGCUCCGCAAAGACCAAGGAUGGCGUCAGGGAAGUGUUUGAGAUGGCCACCAGGGCGGCGCUACAGGCCCGGCGGGGGAAGCAGAGAAAUAAAUGCCUCCUACUGUAA